AUGCAUUUGAUUGACAGGACGACCGAUGAAUUCCGGUUCUGUUGUCUGGCCCGACACGUGGAGACCUGCUAUCCGGCGCCCGAGAGCCUCGAGUUCUCCUCGUGCGAGGAUCUCAUGUCAAACUCCAUACUCCGGGUCUGCAUUUGGGUGUUGGGAGUGGUGGCCCUCGUGGGCAAUAUAACUGUGAUAUUAUGGCGAACCAAAUACAGGAUCACCAACAAAGUGCACUCCUUUCUCAUCAUAAACCUGGCGCUGGGAGACCUACUUAUGGGCAUAUAUAUGCUCAUUAUCGCCGGUGUCGACGCUUACUAUCGUGGCAUAUACUUCAUAGUGGACGCGAUGUGGCGUCAGAGCACUCUUUGCCACUUCGCGGGCUUCCUCUCAACCCUAUCGUCCGAGUUCUCGGUCUUCACAUUAACUGUCAUAACAUUAGACCGUUUCGUGACAAUUGUGUUUCCACUGAAGUUCAGGAAAAUCAAGAUGAAAAAUGCCUGCAUUAUAAUGAGCUUAUUAUGGAUAGUAUGUAUAGCUCUGUCAGCCGUGCCAUUAGUGGUGCCUCUAAUGGAUCUCAACUACUUCGACAACUUCUACGGCCGGUCCGGCGUAUGUCUGGCCCUUCAUAUAACUCAGGAGCGGCCCAAUGGAUGGGAAUACUCUGUAUUCGUGUUUCUUGUGCUCAACUUUCUGUCGUUCACCACAAUAGCCAUCGCCUAUCUGUGGAUGUUUUUCGUGGCAAAAAACACCACAAUCGCCGUCAGAACGCCUGAACACAAAAUACAUAACCGAAUGGCGCGAAGAAUGAUGUUUAUAGUGAUGACCGACUUCUGGUGUUGGAUGCCUAUCAUCCUAUUAGGCAUUAUCUCCUUCUAUGGCGUCAAAAUACCGCCACAGGCCUUCGCAUGGGUCGCAGUGUUUGUAUUGCCGCUGAACGCCGCCGUAAAUCCCACGUUAUAUACGCUCUCGACUCUAGUUUACCGAAAGAAGUCCAGUACUCCUCAAACCGUGUCAUUAAACCGCAGUUUUAAAGCUCGCAAUCAUUACAACAAUAGCGCUCCCAAACAUAACUUCAAGACUAGUUUUAUAUAACUAUAUACUCUAUCUAAUUAUAAACAAGUAUAUUGUCAUUUACUGUACAUAUAGCUUUGUUAAAUUGAUCUGGGA